UCUCGUCGCGCCUUUUACGCGUAUUCGCAUUUCUUUAUUGAAAGACGGGAUACAGACCGCUAAGUUCAAAAUUAACGUCGACGCGAGUUAGGUUUACACGGAAAUCGGUUGAAAUGACAGGCUAAAUCAAGUGCAAGAAAAUUUUUUCGCGAUAGUGUGACAUUGAGCAGAAGGUUUAAUGUGUGCGGGGAAUAAAAACAUAGAAAGUGUUGAUCGUCGAUACAAUUUGAAUUGAUUAAAAAGUGCAACUUAACCGUGUUCAACAUGUCCUCCACCAAUAAACAGCGGCAUCCAAGUUUUCGACAAAAUUGAAGUUUCAUAGGCCUAAAAGAUCAAAGCCAAGCCGAAGGCGGAACGUCAUACUCAUACGAUCGCAAUUACAGCUCCUCAUCCGUUCGACAUGCGGCUUCUGACGAUUUCCGAGCUAGUCGCGGUUUCAUUGUUGCUUCUCGCCGUUUUGCAUAAAGGAGUUCGAGCGAAUUGGUGGUCGCUCGGAAUAGAGCAGCAACGCGUGGAGCCACGAGUGAUAAGCCACCCUGGGCAUCAUGAUCUCAUGAGCGUCGACUCGAUGUCGGCCCAGCACAGCGUGCUCGGCCUCUCGAACGCCGAGCGAUACUGCAAGAAUGCCCAUCUCACGGCUAAGCAACAGGUCAUAUGCAUACAGUCACCGCAGGUUUUACAGGCCAUAAGCUCCGGCGCGAGACUGGCCAUCGAGGAAUGCCAGCACCAGUUCAAGGGCGCCAGAUGGAACUGCACCGUCGAUCCCGACAGCGCCGACAACAUCUUCGGUGGCGUCAUGCUCGCAAACAGUCGAGAGGCGGCGUUCGUGUACGCCAUAUCGGCCGCCGGGGUCGCCUACAGCGUGACCCGCGCCUGCUCCCGCGGCGAGCUGACCGACUGCUCGUGCGACAAUCGCGUCAGGAGCCGGCAGCGAUCCAGCAAUUGGCAGUGGGGCGGCUGCAGCGAGGACAUUCACUUCGGGGAGCGAUUCUCUCGCGAAUGGUCGGAGGCGGGCGAGGAGCCGGUGAAGGACGGGGCGAUCGACGGACCCAACGGACUGGCCGGCCUACUCAUGAGGCGACACGACAGCGAAGCAGGCCGCAGGGCCGUACGUUCGCGCAUGCAGAGAGUUUGCAAGUGUCACGGAAUGUCGGGCUCGUGCAGCGUGCGGGUCUGCUGGCGCAGGCUUCCCCCGUUCAGGGCGGCCGGCACGGCGCUGGCCCAGCUGCACGAGGGCGCGGCUCUGGUCAGACUGGCGCAACGCGGCCCGAGACGUCCGGCCCGCCUCAAGCCCGCCAGGCCCGAGCUCAAGCGGCCCAACAAGACCGACCUCGUUUACUUGGACGACAGUCCGGACUACUGCGAGCGUAAUCUCACACUCGGCAUACCGGGCACGCGCGGCAGGAUCUGCAAUCGCACGAGCCUGGGCCUGGACGGCUGCCGCCUGCUGUGCUGCGGCCGCGGCUACCAGACGCGGGUGCGCGAGGUCGUCGAGAAGUGCAACUGCCAUUUCAUCUGGUGCUGCGACGUCAAGUGCGACAUGUGUCGUCACAAGCGCGAGGAGCACAUCUGCAAUUAAACUACUCCGAGCGAUUUUACGUUAAACUAAUGAAUUCGGCCGCACCCAAGCGCGUACUUCGUUAUAUAUCUACGACGAAUAUUUGUAAUUUUUCACCCUACGUAAAGGCAGCAAAAACUUCCGUCGAUCUAUGGAAGCAAGUGCUGCAAUAAUGUUGAGCACGUAAAAAGACUUGCACAUUGUGUCAUUUAUUAAUUAGGAAAUUGAAGUAUGCCAAAAUAACUCCGAAUAAACCUAUAAUUUCUUUUUCUCUCUUUGUGAUUUUCGCAACCAACGAUUUAAAAUACACUAAAUACGAGUUUCGUGUACUGUUUUUAUAAAAAGUAUGAUAUUUUCCUAACACUCUACCAAUCGCAUGCAUGACAUUCAAUUCAUUCGAGAUCUUCUUUUUUUUAAUAAUCCUUCAAACUCUUUUUCUUUUUAAAUAAAAUAUAAUAUAAUCUUAUAGCGAUUGAUGUUUAUACAAUUAAAAAAUCGAAAAACAUAAAAACAACACUGCCAUUACAUGACUCUG